UAAUCUAAUCGCGGCAAAAACACGAAAGCAUCGCACUUGGCAAUAUAUCAAAAAAGAAAAAAGAAAACAAAUAAAGAGAGAUAAACGGCUUUUUUCCCGCAAAUGUGUGGGAUACAGCACCGUCGCUGUAUUCUCAUUCUCAUGCCUCGUUGUCUAAGAUAGCUUCCUCCGUUAUAUUGGAUCUCCGCCAUGGAAAACAUUGCCGCGCAAUUGAAGCGCGGCAUCUCGCGCCAAUUCUCUUCCGGCUCGUUACGAAAGACGCUGAGCCGUCAAUUCACGCGUCAGGCUUCGCUCGAUCCGCGCCGGAACAAUCUCCGAUUCAGCUUCGGCCGUCAAUCAUCGCUUGAUCCGAUCCGGAGAAGUACGAGUGAAGACCAGACUGAACUCACCGUGCCGGAGAAUCUCGACUCCACCAUGCAACUUCUAUUUAUGGCUUGCCGUGGUGACGUUAAGGGUGUUGAAGAUUUGCUUAACGAAGGCAUCGAUGUUAAUAGCAUUGAUCUCGAUGGAAGAACCCCUCUACACAUCGCCGCUUGUGAAGGUCAUGUUGACGUCGCUAAACUCUUGCUCAGCCGUAAGGCUAACCUUGACGCUCGUGAUCGUUGGGGCAGUACGGCAGCGGCUGAUGCUAAAUAUUACGGAAAUACAGAAGUGUAUUAUAUGUUGAAGGCGCGGGGAGCAAAAGUGCCGAAAACCAAGAAGACUCCAAUGACUGUUGCAAAUCCUCGUGAAGUUCCUGAAUAUGAACUCAAUCCGUUAGAACUACAGGUUCGGAAGAGUGACGGUAUUUCAAAGGGGACAUAUCAAGUAGCUAAAUGGAAUGGCACAAAGGUUGCAGUGAAGAUACUAGAUAAGGACAGUUAUUCUGAUCCUGAUACCAUAAAUGUUUUCAAACACGAGCUCACAUUAUUGGAAAAGGUGCGACAUCCUAACGUGGUCCAGUUUGUUGGAGCUGUCACCCAAAACAUACCUAUGAUGAUUGUUCGAGAGUACCAUGCUAAGGGUGACUUAGCAGGCUAUCUUCAAAAGAAAGGGCGUUUGUCACCAUCAAAAGUUCUACGGUUCGCUCUUGAUAUUGCCAGGGGCUUGAAUUAUCUUCAUGAAUGCAAACCAGAUCCUAUUAUCCACUGUGAUUUAAAGCCAAAAAAUAUUUUGCUGGAUAAUGGAGGGCAGCUGAAGGUAGCUGGAUUUGGCACUGUGAGGUUUUCGCUAAUCUCACCUGACAAAGCAAUGUUAGCACAGCCUGAGGCCAACGUGGACCUUUCAAGCUUGUACGUGGCACCAGAGAUUUACAGAGGUGAUGCAUUUGAUAGAAGUGUGGAUGCAUAUUCUUUUGGUCUUAUUGUAUACGAGAUGAUAGAGGGUAUACCACCCUUCCAUCCCAAGUCCCCAGAUGAAAUUUUGAACCUGAUGUGUUUAGGAGGGAAGAGACCACAAUUCAAGAUCAAAACAAAAAGUUAUCCUCCGGAUUUGAAAGAGUUGAUUGAGAAAUGUUGGGAUCCAGAACCUGUUGUCAGGCCAACAUUUUCUCAGGUCAUUGCCCGGUUGGACAAAAUUGUUUUAAAUUGCUCAAAACAAGGAUGGUGGAAAGAUACUUUUAAACUUCCUUGGAAAUAAAUAACACGACACCUCCAGAGCAAGAAGGAGAUAAAGAUCAGAGUUGGAUCAUCAAAACUGAUUUGUGAGCAUCAUGUUGAUGUAAUGUUAAUAGCCAUUGCAAUCAAUUAAUAACUUCAAUAUAAGCUUGAGCACGAAAAUGAAUUUCCACGGUUCCAACACUGUUCUCUGUCUACUAUAGGGUCUGGAACAGAUCCUCUCUGUAAAAUGUAUCAUAAUCCACACACAGAAUAUCUAUUCUGAUAAAUUUUCAAAUAAAUAAUGUUUUCUAUACUUUACCGUAAAAAAAAUGUUUUCUAUACUUAGUAGGCGCCUAAAAAAUGUGCUGCAAGUUUGAAAAGUCUACUUACUAUUUGUGACUUUUUUGCACAAGGAACUCCAAUAAUGUAUUGUUGUAACUCUACAUUAACUUCAUGCAGUGUAUCAAAUCAUGUGGGAGGAGUGGCUUUUGUUUUC